CCUUUGAAAAAAAAAAAACCUGGAGAUCUAAUAGAACUGUAAAAACACUGACAAGCAACAAAGCAAGCAGGCGAGCAUGGAGUCGGAGUGGGACCCAUUGGACGAGCCACUGUCUCCGCCUCGUUUUUCGUCGGUAUUCGAGAGGGAUCGACACGUGGCGUACAUGGAGAUGAUGUACCAGCUGUUGCCGUCGCCGUACGAGACGCAGGAGGUCAACCGCCUCACCCUCGCCUACUUCGUCAUCUCCGGCCUCCACCUCCUCUCCGUCCUUGAUCGCGUUGACAAGGAAGCGGUUGCUAGUUGGGUUUUAUCCUUGCAAGCUCACCCAACAAAUAGAGCUGAACUGAAUGAUGGAAAAUUUUAUGGGUUCCAUGGUUCUAGAACUUCUCAAUUUCCUCCAGACAAUAAUGGGGUUUUGGGUCACAAUAAUAGUCAUCUGGCAAGUACAUACUGUGCCCUAGCCAUACUAAAGAUUGUUGGCUAUGACUUCUCAACUAUUGACUCUAAGACGAUAUUGACAUCAAUGAGAAACCUUCAACAGCCUGAUGGAAGUUUUAUGCCUAUCCGCACUGGGGCAGAGACAGAUCUUCGCUUUGUAUAUUGUGCCGCUGCCAUCUGUUUUAUGUUGGAGGAUUGGAGGGGCAUGGAUAAGGAGAAAGCGAAGGAGUACAUAAUAAAUUGCCAGUCAUACGAUGGUGGCUUUGGAUUGAUACCUGGUUCAGAAUCUCAUGCGGUGGUGACAGCACUGACUACUCACAGUGGUGCAACUUACUGUGCUGUUGCAUCUCUUCGAUUAAUGGGAGUCAUUGGAGAUGAUAUUCUGUCUACUAGUGUGGCUCCUUCGAUCAUAGAUGUGCCCUUGCUGCUGGAUUGGAUCUUGCAGAGGCAGGCAACUGACGGUGGUUUUCAAGGUAGACCCAACAAAGAUAGUGAUACCUGUUAUGCAUUUUGGAUUGGAGCGGUUUUACACAUGUUAGGGUGCUACAAACUAAUUGAUGAAAAAGCUUUACGUCGAUUUUUGCUGACUUGUCAGUCUGAGUAUGGUGGUUUCAGUAAGUUCUCGGGGAGUGUAUUCCCAGGGCAAGUGCCAGAUUUGUACCACUCCUAUUAUGGAUUGACUGCAUUCAGCCUCUUGGGAGAAUCGGGCAUGAACCCACUGUGUUUUGAGCUGGGAAUAGCAGAUCUGGCUGCCACAGGCCUCUUGAUUUAACUUUCUUAUUCUCCAUUUCCAUCUGGAUUUGGUUGCAUUGCCAUGUCUAACUGGCAAGCAGUGCUUGGUUAUUGAAUUACAAUUAUAUAAUUUAUAUUCACUUGAUGUAUAUUUCCCGUGAAAUGGAUGCACAAAACAUUUUUCCCAACGUGUGAAGCAUAUAGUAUGGAAUUGCUCUAUGAUUGACUUU